AAUCUGAACUUUGAACUUUGAACUUUGAACUUUGAACUUUGAACUUUGAACUUUGAACUUUGAAUUGCUCUGAUCUUCCUGAUCCGAGCCGAUCUUAAUAUUAUUUUAUUCAUCCCUAUGCAAUUCUCUCUCUCUCCCACACUCUCUCCUUAACCGCCCAUUUUUGACUCUAUUAUCUGACCAUAAGACGAAGAAACCUCCGAAUUAAUCCUGGACAAAUUCCGUCCUGUUGCAUUGCGGCGCUGCUCGGAAUCGCAAGGGGGAUAAAGUAUUCUUAGAAAAUAUUCCCCAAAGAAAUGCAGACAAACCUUCGAUCAAAACAGUCAUGGCAGAUGCGACAGAGACUGGCAAUAGAGUGAGGCAGCGUCGUGCAAGUCGCCCCAAGGUAAAGACAGGAUGUAACAAUUGCAAGAAUCGAAGAGUGAAAUGCGAUGAAACGAGACCUGAAUGUACAAAAUGUGUGAGAUCGGGGAGACGAUGCGAUGGUUACCCAGCGUACAAUCCGAGAAAUAGACAUGCCAAUAAUACUCUCCCAAUUGCUCCUCGACCGAGUAAUGCUGGCUUGGAAUCGCACUCAAUACCAUCCCACAACACCAUAAUAACACCGGCUUUACCUGGUUCGACUGCACUCAUUCCUAGGAAAACAGCUCGUAUUAUCAAUAAAGCAAGAUCUAUCGGUCCAAUAUCACCUACCACACCAUCGAUCCUCACACCAUCAACCAUCAAUUCCAUCGAAAUUGAUUCCGAGAUCUUUCGACCACCCACUCUCGGUCUUCCAUUCGACGCAAAGGAAGGUCAAUACUUCCAAGUCUUCCGCACUCAUACCGCCAGCGAAUUAUCUGGAUUCUUCGACUCAGAAUUCUGGACGCGUAGUGUUCUUCAAGAAUCGCAUUCUGAAGCAUCCAUACGUCAUGCUGUUGUAGCUCUUGGAGCUCUCUACAAAACAUUAGAAAAAGUCGCUGAAUCCCCUCCGAGUUCUCCUACCCCUUCUAAUCAGGGUACUUCGAGCAGCGAUUCUGCACCUACGCAUUGGAGUUUCGCUUGGGAACAAUAUGGAAAAGCAGUUACGCGCAUGCGCCAGAGCAUCUCGAAUAAUGAAGUUAGAUCUCAACGAACGGUUUUGAUUUCGAGCGUGUUAUUCACUUGUUUUCAAUCGUUUGUGGGGGAUCAUAAGGCUGCUAUUAAACAAGUACAAGUAGGAUUGGGAGUGAUGGAAAAACAACGCAGGGAAAGAAAGAAACCGUAUAUUCAGCGCGAGGAUGAUAUUGUGGAGGAAGAGUUGGGACAAAUGUUUACACGCAUGGCCAUUCAAGCCAAAUCAUACGAUAUGGCGUUUCAUUUUCCAGCUCCAUGGGUUAUUCGUCUCUCUACCAAUCCAAGUAUCGCUAAUCCUGUAGCAUCACAAUCCGGACCGCCCUCUCCUUCCACAACCAGCUCUCCUACGAAUCUCGAUUGGAGAUAUCACGUUUCUCGAGAUCCUAGUUUGGCAAAUCCACCCAGUCCAUCCGAUAGUUCAACUGGCACAACCGCCUCAAUCGAAGCACCCAUUCCCGAAAGCUUUCCAAACAUUCACGAGGCAAGAUUAGUACUCGAUGCUUUGUGUGAAAGAAUAAUGAGAUAUAAUGAGGAGCUAGUAGGUUUCUACACCGUAUCCAAUAAUAUUCUUCCCGCCUCUAUAAAAUCCAACGGAUACGGUUUCGGUCGUUCUCUCGAACAAUGGCAAACAACAUUCGCCCCUCUUCUUGCUAAACGCCGUGCGCCUGGUACUUCAAAUAUUGAAAGGGCGGGUAUCAUCGUUCUUCAGAUGACAUGUAUCAUGACACGAAUUCUGGUCUUUACCGCGUUUUCCGCCAACGAAAUGGAUUUUGAUCAAUUUCUUCCUAUAUUCACCGAGAUCAACGAAUUAGCUAAGGAAUUGAUCGUGGAUGAAGAAUUAGCAUUGGCACAAGCACGGUGUGGAGCAGGUUGUAAACAUGUCACUUCUGGUCCGGGAAUUAAAAGGGGCAUGCGAACGCCAUUUGGAGUUAAGGUUACGAGUUCUUCUCCAAGUCCUGGUCCUGAUGGAAAACAUUCGCAUGAAACCUAUUCGCAUAUUAAACCUUCUUUUGCACUUGAUCUUGGUAUCAUUCCGCCAUUAUUCGUUGUGGCGACGAAAUCGAGAGAUAGAAGAUUGAGGAGAGAAGCAAUUAGUCUUUUAACAUCGAGUCAUAGGAGAGAAGGGAUGUGGGAUUCGAGACUUUGUGCGGGAGUUGGAAAUUGGAUUAUGAAUGUGGAGGAAGAGGGACUGGAUCCAUAUGUUAAAGGAGAGGAAUCGGAAAAGCAAGUGGUGCCGGAUGAGAAGAGGGUGAUGGUUAUGGAAAUGUGGUUUAAUCUUGAGAGGAGGUGGGCGAUGUUGAGGUGUGGAACUAGGGGGGUGAAGAAGGGAGAUUUUGAUGCGAGGGCGAGGGAAACACCGGUUUCUUGGUAGGGAGGGUGUGGUUUGGUUUGGAGGACAUGAGAAAUCACGGGGAAAUUGGGAACGGAGAACGGAGAAAGAAGUCAAGGAGUGGCGGUUGUAUGAUAGUGUACAUACAUGCUUUUCCAAGGCGUCUGGUAUGGAUUGGAUGGGAUGGGAUCAAAUGUAUUUGGAAAAUCGGGGUUGGGGGUUGGGGGAUGGAUGGACUGAACUGCAUAGCAGGGAAAUACAUUUGAUUAGGAUAUUGUCCUUUGAGGACGGAUGGGGGAGUAUUGAUGAAUGGAUAUUUAUAUCUAUAUCUAUAUCUAUAUCUAUAUUGAUUGAUAGUCACCUACAUAAAUGAAUCAUAGUUGAAGAAAUGACAUGGAAUUGAAUAGGGAGAGAAUAUUUUGUAUUGGGUGGGUAGGUAGGUGGGUGGAGUGGGUACGUGGAGUGGAGUGGAAGAAGAGGGAUAAGAGGAAUAAGAGGAAUAAAAUGAAUGCAUGCACAAAUGGG